CGACGUCACAGCGGAGAAUUCGAUCAACUCAGAAGAGGAGGAGUCAACUGCGAUGGAGAUGCAGCAGCCGCAGAUGGACUUGCAAGCUUUGCCGGAAGGUUGCAUAGCCAACGUGAUCUCGUUGACCAGUCCUGCAGAUGCAUGCAGGCUCCCUUUGCUUUCCAAGAUUAUCAAAUCGGCCGCUGAAUCCGACGCCGUUUGGAACAAGUUCAUACCGCCUGAGACACACACGAUCCUUUCCCGCUCCAAUUCCCUCUCCUCUUCCCCUCUCAAAUCCAAGAAGGAGCUCUACAUGUCUCUCUGCGACAACCCCGUCCUCAUCGACGAGGGCAAUAUGAGCUUUUCACUGGACAAAUGGAGUGGGAAGAAGUGCUAUAUGAUAGCUGCAAAGCACCUUCGGAUUGCUUGGGGUGAUACUCCUCAAUAUUGGAAAUGGAAAUCUCUCCCCGAGUCCAGGUUUAAGGAGGCAGCUGAGCUUCGUUUUGUAUGUUGGCUUGAAAUCCGUGGGAGAAUUGAAACGCGCAUGCUGUCCCCAUCCACGACAUAUAAAGCUUAUCUGGUGUACAAGUUAACCGAACACACUUAUGGACUAGACUGGCCUGCCGUGGUCACAGUUGGUGCAAGACCUUAUGGAUUUGAUUACGAAUGCCCUGGUUUGUUGGAAAUAACUGCAGGCAUUAAGCAGACUGCGAUUCUGGUGCCCCAAAGAAAAAUGGAAAGACAGCUUGCAAGAAAUCAUGACAUCAAUGAAGUUAAAUUUCCGAAUGAAAACAGGGCGGAUGGGUGGCUGGAGAUGGAGCUGGGUGAGUUUCACUGUCAAGGAGACGAAGACUGCGAGUUGGAAAUGACUUAUUGUGAGACUAGUAUGGGUAGGAGUGGUCUCCUUGUUGAAGGGAUUGAGGUCAGACCAAAAAGGAACUAGCUAGCUAAGGUGGUUAUAGUUAUACGUUAUCGAUCAGGAUCAUGGUGAUUUACUCGCUCUGUUCAAACAGCUACCUUCAGUGGUGUAACCGAAUUUCAUAGACAUAUAUAAUUCAUAAGAGUUUGAUUUCGUUGGUUG